UUGCUGUAAGGGGACCAAGCUGACCAUCAUACUGCCCAGAAUGUUUCAUUAAAUUGAUGAUGGUAUAAAAAAAAGUGCAGAGUGCACACUGGCUAAUCUGUGGACGGCAACAGAUAAAGUUAAGAUCAUAAACCUGCUGAGAGCAUACCCUAAGCCCUCACUUUGACUCUGAGGAACCAUAGUGUUACAUCUCUGCUUCAGAGGAGCUGCCAUGAGACUAGUACUUCCUAACCCGGGACUGGAUCAGCGGAUCCCCUCCUAUGAUGAUCUGGAGAGAAUGGAUAAAGAAGAGGCUGAGGACAGGCCCAAGUGGGACAACAAAGCUCAGUACAUCCUAACCUGUGUGGGCUUUUGUAUUGGGAUUGGCAAUGUGUGGCGAUUCCCUUACUUGUGUCAAACUCAUGGAGGAGGUGCCUUUUUGAUUCCCUACCUAAUCCUGCUGGUGUUGGAAGGAAUGCCUCUCCUACUGCUGGAGUUUGCCAUCGGCCAGCGUCUCAGGAAAGGAAGUGUGGGAGUGUGGCGGACAAUCAAUCCUUAUCUGAUGGGUAUCGGUAUUGCCUCCAUGCUGGUGUCCUUAUUGAUCGGACUGUACUACAACACCAUAAUAGCCUGGGUCAUGUGGUAUCUUUUCAAUUCCUUCCAAUACCCUCUGCCUUGGACCCAGUGUCCUCUCAAUGAUAACGGGACAGGCUAUGUACCAGAGUGUCAAAGGAGUUCAACUGUGGAUUACUAUUUUUACCGAGUGACUCUGAAUAGUUCGGCCUCUAUAUCUGACUCUGGAGGAAUCCACUGGCCAGUAGUAAUUUGUCUCUUGGCUGCCUGGUCAGUAAUUGGUAUCUGCUACCUAAGAGGGAUCAGCACUUCAGGCAAGGCAGUGUACGUCACAGCCCUCCUGCCUUACGUAGUGCUGGCCAUUUUCCUGAUCCGAGGCCUUACUCUUAAAGGUUCUCUGAGUGGAAUUAAGUUCCUCUUCACACCAGACGUGGAUGAGUUGAUGAAACCAUCAACUUGGCUAGAUGCAGGUGCCCAGGUCUUUUACGCGUUUAGUUUGGCAUGGGGAGGCCUCAUCUCCUUCUCAAGCUACAACCCCGUUCACAACAACUGCAUGCAAGAUGCCAUGAUCCUGUCUGCCAUAACUGGCUUCACCUCAGUCUAUGCUGCCACAGUUACCUACACCAUCAUCGGCUUCAGGGCCACAGAGAAAUAUGACCAGUGUAUCAGUCAAAACAUUAUGACAUUAUUAAAUGGAUUCAAUCUUCCUGAAGACAGCAUCACUACAAGCAACUAUGAGGAAGCCUUUAAUCAUCUGAACAGCUCUUAUCCAGAUACUGUUCUUGGACUGGACAUGAAAACCUGUGACAUGCAGAAACUACUCAGCGAGGGAGUGGAGGGAACAGGUCUGGCCUUCAUUGUUUUCACAGAGGCCAUCACCAAGAUGCCUGGUUCCCCAUUUUGGUCUGUCCUCUUUUUCAUCAUGCUUCUCUGCUUGGGGCUCUCAACCCUGUUUGGUAACAUCGAAGGAGUGGUGGUCCCCUUGAAAGACCUGAAGAUUUUACCUCAAAAAUGGCCCCAAGAAGCAGUGACUGGAAUUACGUGUGUUGUCGCCUUCAUCAUGUCCCUCCUGUUUGCACAGCAUUCAGGGAUUUAUUGGCUAACCCUCUUUGAUAACUUUGCCGGAUCUGUUCCGCUACUGACCAUUGGAUUGUUUGAGAUGAUAGCUGUUGUUUACAUCUACGGCAUAGACAGGUUCAAUGAGGACGUGGAGUUCAUGACGGGACGUAAACCCUCCAUCUACUGGCAGGUUACAUGGAGGUUCCUCAGUCCUCUAAUCAUCCUGGUUAUCUUAAUUUUCUACCUGGUGACAACACUCCAAGAAGAGCUCACCUAUUUAGUCUGGGAUCCAAACUCUGAGAAGUUCCCGUCUCUAGCAUCAAUACCGUACCCUUCAUGGAUCAAGGCAGUCAUCUUUCUUUUGGCUGGAGUCCCCAGUCUGGCAGUGCCUGUGUAUGCAUUAUGUAGACUGGUUUUUGUUUCUUGCAGGAAAAAAAAUUAAAUCCAGUGAAUCGAUAAGCCAAAUUUCAAUUUAAUUCAGAAUACAACAUAAUGUAUGAUUAUUUAAUUUGUUGCCUUGGUUUAAUGGAAAUCAUCUUUAACAUUAUUUGAAUUAAAGAUGCAAAUUAUGGUUUGUCUAUUUAUAUCCAUGAAAAGGUUCUCAAGGCACAAUAUUGAACUUUUAUUGAUGCACUUUAGUAAAUGUUUCAUAUUUGUUCUCAUAUUUUGUGCAAUUAUAUGUCGGCCCUAUCAAUAAUAUAUUUUUUUCUAUUUUAUAGUGAGGGUCUAAGGAUAGAGGAUGUCAUGUGUUGUACUGAUUGUAAAGCCCCUUGAGUCAGAUUUGUGAUUUGUGAUACUGGGUUAUAUCUAAAUUAAACUGAAUAGAUGACUUUUUUAUUGUUUAUCCUCUUCAGUAAAUGGCAUAUCAUUUUGUACGUGAAUGUAUAGUAGUUUGCUUGUGAUUUUUGCCAUUAAACUAUGUUAUGUUCAUUGAAAUAUAUCCUUAUUCACUUAAUUUUUCACAGUAGUUUGCCUGCACAGCAAUUGUCUACAACUUGCAAUAACUUGAAUAUUGAGCACAUACUCAUAGCUGGCUUUUGGAGGAGGGUAUCUCAAAGAAAUAUCAAUUUGGAUAUAAUCUCCAGUCUUUGUGGUGUGUUUAAGUUCAACUUAAUAUGAGACAUGAGGUGACACAAGGCAACGCAUCAGUGUGUACAUGCAGUACAAAUAUUUUGACAGACAGAAGACACAGAGCAGUUAAUAAAAUAAUUAAUCACUUAUUCAAACACUCAUUC